GAUUCGAAGAAAGGCUAGUGCUGUCCUUUUGCUGCUUUUAGAAGUCAAGAGAAGGAUACAGUUUGUUGAGAGGGACAGAAAGAAAAUUGAAGCAGAAGCAAAAGCAAAAGCAAAACAAGCGUCUUCGUUUGAUAGAUAAACACAUUGGAGUUGUUGGAGUGAGUUGAUGUGGGAGCAUAUGUGGUGCCUUGUUUGCUGCAAGAAAGAAGAAAUGCAAAAGAUGAAGAACCUUGGGAGCAUUGGAAGCAGUGGAAGGCUAUCCACAGAAGAGUGUGAGGAUGAGCAGAUUUCAAAGCUGCCCAUUUCCACAUUUCAAUCCAAGGAAGAAGAGAUUGAGAGGAAGAAGACUGAGGUGAGAGAGAAGGUUGAACUCCAGCUUGGCCGCGCCGAGGAAGAGACGAGGCGCUUGGCACACAUUUGGGAAGAGCUUGAAGUGCUAGAUGAUCCUUUGAGGAAAGAAGUUGCAAUUGUGCGCAAGAAGAUUGACUUGGCUAUCAGAGAUUUGAAGCCAUUGGGACAAAACUACCAGAAGAAGGAGAAAGAGUAUAAAGAGGCCUUGGAGGCUUUCAAUGAAAAGAACAAAGAGAAAUCUCAUCUUGUAACCACACUAGUUGAGCUGUUAACUGAGAGUGAAAGACAGAGGAUGAAGAAACUGGAAGAGCUAUGCAAGACCAUAGAUUCAUUGUCAAGGAAACAAUAAUAUUUGUAUGCGGGUGCUAUGUUUAUUAUAUUAAGCUUGAUUUGUUUAAUUUCAGUGGCUUGUAUUUAAUUGUACUUACAUUUUUAUGUUAUUCAAACUGUUAUGUUGCUGUGUUUAUGAUGAAAAGAAAAAAAGACAAUGCAAGCAAUGUACUAACUACUAAUUGUUCACAUUUUAUCAAUUGAAAGAGGCAAAGAGUAGCCAG